AUGGUCCGUCCUCCGUCUUUCGCGCCGAGGAAGUGCGACCUGGGCUGCUUCGUCAACAUCCGCACCAUUCGUGACGAUACCAAGCGCCACUUCUUUAUGCGUCACGAAGCCGAGAGACAAGCUCUCCGCCAUAUCAUCCGCAACACGACCCUGUCACCACGCACGCGCGCCGAGGCCCAGCUGCAGCUGACCCAGAUGCACGUCUACACGCGUCCGACACAGAUCCGCAACCGGUGCAUCCUGGGCGGCAAGAGUCGUGGUAUUCUGCGGGACUUUAAGCUGUCACGAGCACUGAGCGGCAACCUGCCGGGCGUGAGGAAGGCUAGCUGGUAG